AUGGAGCGGCUCCUCCAGGCCGCCUUGGCGCGGCUGAGCGAGGAGGAGCGGGCGCGCUGCGCGUUCUACCUGCGGGGCCCGCAGCCGGCGCGCGGCGCCCGGGCCGAGCUCCGGGGCGCCGACGGGAGCCCGGCGCAGCUGGCGCAGCGCUACGCGGGCCGGGCCGCCGAGGUGCUGAGAGAGGCGCUCGAGGACAUGGGCCGCCGCGACGUGCGCGAGGCGCUGGCCGGGCAGGAAAAGGCGGGAGCAGCGGCAGCGCCAGCUGCUGUAUUGAGAACUGGCGAACAAACCAGGAAUCAGACAAGUGAUACAAGUUUUAAAGGAAGAACUGAGCAAAGUGACUAUGAUGAAUUGGAUACGUAUGACAUGAGCAAAACCCGUGUGGCGUUUCUGAUGUGUGUGACAACAGGCAGGCGCGGUGCAGAAAAGGAUAUUGAAGUAAUGAAUAAGUGGUUUGACAAGUACCGGUUUGAAACACCUUCUGGACAGUGCAUAGAUCCUAAGGGGACGGAAAUAUUGCCAGCAUUGGAAGAGUUCCGGGAUCAAAUCAAUCAAUCUGAGGAUGAAAUUAGUUGCUGCCUCAUUACUCUUAUGAGUCAUGGGAGGAGUCACGGCCUCAUUCAGGGGAAAGAUCAUGACACAGUUGAUCUUGAUGAUAUAUUUGCGUUAUUCAACAAUAUACAAUGCCCAAAGCUCCAAGAAAAACCUAAAAUCUUCAUCAUUCAGGCAUGCAGAGGAGGAAAAGAAGACCAUGGAGUUGAAGAAAUAGAGCAUGAAUUCAAGGAAGCUGAUUGUACUUGUAACUUGAUAGCUGUCAGGAGGCUGCCAACAGCUAGUGAUUACUAUGUCGUGUAUUCCACUCAAAAGGGUUAUGUUUCUUUGCGUAACACGGAAAAAGGCUCUAGGAUGAUUGAAGCAAUGGAUGAGGUCUUUUCAGAGCAAGGCAUGAAGUGGCAUAUAGGGGAUUUGUUUACUAAAAUCAAUAAAAACCUGGUGCAUGAAACCUUUAGUAUCCAUGGAUGCCCUGUGAAAGAGACAAUAGUCGUGGAAUCAACUCUGACCAAAGCCGUGUACUUUGCACCUUAACUGAUUGAUCAACGGAAGACUCACUGCCUUUUGAAUUGCACAAAAUACAUAAUAUAAUAAUAGGAGAUACCAAUCUCCUAGAACUGGAAGGGACCUUGAAAGGUCAUUGAGUCCAGCCCCCUGCCUUCACUAGCAGGACCAAGUAC